CGCUGCUUGUGAAGCCAAUCGCCGCUUGCUCUUUUCGCGUCAUCGGAAAACAUGGCGGCGCACAUUACUAGAGCUGUGAAACAACUUGUCCCACAAAAGGGCGGGUGGCUCCGGGCCGCAGUCUGGCAGUUGUAUGCUGAAGCAUGGCGUCAUCACUAUCACUCUGCAGGCUCCUCUCUGCACUACAUACCCCGCAGGGCAGUUCUCUACUGCCCUGGCAAUGAUGAGCGAAAAUUGAAGAAACUAGCCUCGCUGGAUGUCGACUGUGCUGUGCUGGACUGUGAAGAUGGAGUAGCCCUCAGCAAAAAGACAGAAGCCAGAGAAACUAUUCCGAGGAUGUUAGCGGAAUUGGACCUGGGCCGUACAGAAAAGUGUGUGAGAGUUAACUCGGUGUCUAGUGGCUUGGCUGAGGCUGACCUGGAGGUAAUUUUGAAGGCCAAGGUUCUCCCUCGUGCCAUCAUGUUGCCCAAAGUGGAGGACACACAGGAGGUACAAUGGUUUGUUGACAGGUUUCAGCACCACUUGAAAGGAUGGGCACUGACAGAACCCAUUCGCCUCGUCACCUUUGUGGAAACCGCUGUGGGCCUGCUCAAUUUUAAGGCGGUGUGUGAGGAAAUUCACUCGCUUGGUCCUAAGGUUGGUCUGCACCAUGAUGGCGUGGUGUUUGGUUCUGAUGACUUCUGUGCAAGCAUAGGUGCCACACGGACCAAGGAUGCCAGAGAGCUCCUUUAUGCAAGGCAGAAGGUGGUUGUGACUGCCAAAGCCUUUGGGCUACAGGCUAUUGACCUGGUCUACAUCGACUACAAAGAUGUGGAGGGGCUGAGGCAGCAGGCCAGAGAAGGAGCUCUCAUGGGCUUCACAGGUAAGCAGGUUAUCCACCCAGGGCAGGUCCAAGCUGUGCAAGAAGAGUUCUCCCCCAGCCAGGAGAGGGUCCAGUGGGCCAAAGAGCUCAUUGCUGCUUUUGACCAACAUCAGAAGGAGGGAAAGGGUGCGUUCACCUUCCGCGGCAGCAUGAUAGACAUGCCCUCGCUGAAGCAAGCUCAGAACAUAAUAACACUCUCUGCCGCGGUGCCACAGAAAUAACACAACUGGUGAGAAGAAAUGGCAGGAACCACACGACUAAUCUGGGACGUGGAGGUCAAAGGAAACUGGAAAGGCUGCAGGUCUUGUGGCUAAAGUGACAUUUCAAAAACUUUUCAGCCAUCAUCUCAUUGCUUCACAAAAAUGCAGUGUGGAAACUGUGGAUUUCAUUUGUGCUUUUUGUUGUCAUUAAGUUGAUUUAUGUAGCUUUUUUUUUCCUUUAAAAAAAAAAAGUUGUUAAUUUUGCUGCUGAGGUCCAAUUCACAUCGUUUUCAGCAAUACCAACUCUGCAACUACCAUGUGUCGACAAUAUUUGCCUCUUAAAACUCACUUACAAGGACUAUUGCCCUUGCAGCUUUCUUGGCAUACUCUGCAGUGUGUGUGUGUGUGUGUGUGUCUGUGUGUGUGCCCAUGCCUCCCCUUUCUCCUAGGUCAUGAUAAAUGCUCUCCCAUCUCCACGGUCCAGGCAGCUGGGCAAAAGGGUAAACAAACACAACAAGCCACUGUUGUGGAUCUAUUCAUUGGGCCCCAGACUUCAAGUCAGGCCUCAGCCCCCUGCGCAGGGCCUGACUCACAAACAUCAAAGUCCUGCUUGCUUUAAAAAAAAAGAAAAAGAAAAGAAAAACCCAGAUGGAAGCGAAUAAACUCACAAUUUAGCUUUUUUUUUGGUAUCAUUCUCCUUAGUAAUGGCAUGCAGCUCUCUCUGUGACAGCUGUGAGCCUGUGGUUGAUUGUGUGUUGAUGGAGAAGGCGUGUGGCGUUAGGCUCACCAUUAACUUGGACGAAAAAAGCCACCAAAAAAAAAAAAGUACACAAGCUGGUAGCAGUAUUCUUUAUAUGAAACAUUUACCUUGAGAUUAAGGUGACCCGAUAUUAAAUUGGCAUCUAAGGAACUUUAAUCUUAUAAACAGUGAAACAUAAAGAUGAACUCGUUAGCGAGCGAGGCAGAGAAGUUUGUCUCAUCACAAACAGAAGCAUAAAGGGGCUUUGUGAAGUGCUUGUCCGUGUCUGACUUGCACAGACAGUGAAGUGGGUGUGAUGUUAGAAUGAGACAGAUUAGUGGCCAUGUUGCUCCAGCAGACCAGGACUGAGGCUUUGUCUCUCUCUGACUGUGGAUAGGAGGAUAAUUGGGGGGGUGUUGAAUGGUUAAUAGUGCCAUUGGUGACCAUGGUAAUGAAAGGCGCCAUACCUCCUCUACCCCACCUCAUCCACUUUCUGUCUCUCUCUCUCUCUCCAUCUCUCUUUCUCUAUCUCUAUCUCUUACUGUAUGAUCUAUUGUGUCUGGGGCAGGGUUGGUGUCUGUGCCAGGCCAGGCCCAGACAAAAAGAUCGAAGCCACUCCUGGGUCCAGCCAAAGACCCUAACAGUAAGCUGUCUCUUUGGCAUUUGGCCACAUAAUUUUUCCCCCCACCCCUUCAGCUUGUGUGUGUGUGUGUGCAUGUGUGUGCGUGCAUGCGUGCGUGUGUGUGUUUAUUUGUUUGUUGUCAACCAAAUUAUACCCUGAGAUUGGUGGAAAACACUGCUGCUGUUUGACUUCCACUAAAUAAACCUCCCCAAAAUAUUACUUAGGUAGAGUUAUUUUGCGAGGCUUUGUAGGUCAUUCAGAACAGAUGUCGGGCGACUUUAUGCUCAUCCUUGUGACAAAAACUUUGGUAAUUAAAA